AUGUUACCAUUCUCCAUCCAUCUCUUUUUCCCACUGUUCUACAACGAUCAAUGUCGUUUCUCCUCUCUACCAACCGUUCAUACCCCCCUCUCCACCCUCUCGCAUCCCCUCCCCUUCCCUCAGACCCUCUCACCACCCCCUCCGACCCCCUCCCUCACUCCCAACCCGCCCACCUCGCUCGCACGCUCUCACCCGCCCCUCCCUCGCCGCUCACCCCACCCCUCCCUCACCCCACGCACUCUCCCCACCCCUCCCUCUCCCCUCGCAUACUCACCGCGUCCCUCUUCCACCCCUCACAUACCCUCCCCACUCCGCGAGAAGCGCUGCAACGCUCCGACUCUCUCCACUCCCGCUUCACCGCUCACAACUGACUCCCCUCCCACCCCCUCAUCCGUUAGACGGAUCGUUCCGCCGAUCAUCCGCCGAUCGCAACACACAUUCGAUCUCACAAAUUCGCGAAAAUGA